AGGUUCGUGAUCCAGCUUCUGCUGCGCUGAUAGCGGGCGGGUGAGCGAGUCAUCAGAGCCGGGGUACGGCCAGGACCCAAGCCCCCAGAUCCACCGACGGCCCGUUGUUGUGCAGAGCGCCACGUCCGAGUCCCGGGGUCCGACCUGUUCUGGGGAUUUCGCCGUGUGAUCUCCGUCAGGAUACCCCUUCCCAAGCUCUCGACCUGUAGAUAAACGCCGCCUGGUCCUUGUGAACACCUUCGCAGCAGAAGCAAGCCCAGAGCUGCGUCCGCCCUUUCAAAAGGCCGGGUAGGGGUAAGGUUUGGGGUAGGCGCAUCUUAUCUUGCCCCAUCCCGAUUUGAGGUCCGUCGGCGCAGCCCUUCAGUGUGAGCCUGGGCCUCGGUGUCAGAAACCUGGAUUCUGUCCCUCGGUGUCCUUAUCUGCGAGCACCCAGGAUGGGCACCCCAGCCUCUGUGGUGAGCGAGCCACUCCCCUGGCAGGCCCCACCUGAGGCCCGGGGCCGCAAGCAGGCGUCAGCCAACAUCUUCCAGGGCGCUGAGCUGCUGCAGAUCCAGGGCCUGUUCCAGCGCAGUGGGGACCAGCUGGCUGAGGAACGGGCACAGAUCAUCUGGGAGUGUGCAGGGGACCCCCGUAUGGCAGAGGCUUUGAGGAGGCUGCGCAGGAAGAGACCCCCAAGGCAGAAACCCCUGGGCCACUCGCUACACCACUGCAGCCGGCUCAGAAUCCCAGAGCCCCACAAUCCACUGGCCGACCCACAGAGCAGUGCUUCCGGCGACCAGUACCUGAACACUAGGAGGACAAGUGCCAGGAUCCGUCGGAACUGGAGGAAGCCAGGCCCCACAAGCUACCUCCAUCAGAUCAGACACUGAUCCAGGGAAGGGGCUGGGAGCAGCAGUAUCUCCCCCAGGAAUCAUAGGCACUUUUGCCAAAGGGCCCGGGAAGAUGAAGGAGGAAGAGACUUGAGGCAGACGGCCCCACACGCUGCUGCUGGCCUGCUCAAUUCAGAACAGGAUUGGAGGUGUCCACUGAGCUCUCCAUUGUGUGGGACCCUUUCCUCACCAGGAGAAACAGCGUCCGUUCUCGCCUUGACCCUUUCCCAUCUAACACUAUACUUGGACUGCAUGACAUUCCCGCUGGACUCAAGUGACGGGCACUCAAACUAAUCAUCUCACCACUCCUGCUACUAACCUUCCUGCUAUUACGACCAAUGGCCAAGCGGCCUGUCCUGUACCCCUGUCCCUGUCAGGUCACACAAGGAAACUGGUUUAAGUGGCAAAAUAAAAACAUUUGCAUCAAGAA